AUGGCUUUUUCGUUAAUUCCUUCAUCUAUCCCUUCUAUUAAAUUACAAUUAUCAGUCUAUAUCCUCAAUUACAUCGAUAGAAACAAUGUCCCGGCGGCUCGUCAUCAAGGUUUAGAAGACGACCUAGAACUCGGAUACGACAACAGAUACGAAACUGUUCUGUCUAUACUCUACGCGGGCUACAUUGUAUGUCAAGUUCCUUCGAAUGGCAUUGUCUCUCUAAUAAGCCGGCCAUCGCUCUAUAUUGGUGGUGCAAUGGCAAUUUGGGGUGUUAUAUCUUGCUUGACUGGUAUCACUCAAAACUACGUUGGUAUUCUCUUGACUAGACUCUUCCUUGGUUUCGUCGAGGCAGCUUUCUUGCCAGGAGCUAUUUUUUUGCUGUCUAAAUGGUACAAGAAAGACGAACUAGGUCUUAGAAUAACAUUGCUAUACUGUGGUAACCUCCUUUCUAAUGCUUUUGGUAAUCUCAUAGCUGCUGGUAUCAUCAACGGUAUGGAAGGCAAACUUGGUCAUAGAGCUUGGAGAUGGCUCUUCUAUAUUGAAGGUGCUCUCACUAUAUUUGUAGCAGUUUGCGCAGUUUUCAUACUUCCGGAUUUCCCAGAAACAGAAUAUUUCUUGUCACCAUUAGAGAGAAAAUUGGCUGUUCGUCGUAUGGCAGAAGAUGCAGGAAAAGUAGACACAGUCAUGGAUAAACACGAAGUCCUUCGUGGUAUGAAAAUGGCACUGCUUGAUUACAGAGUCUGGUGGUUAGCUUUGACAUUGUUCGGUAUUGUCACUGCAUUAAGUUUCAACAUUUAUUUCCCAACUUUAACAGAGGAAAUGGGUUUCGAGGGUAUAACAGCCUUACUGAUGUGUGCACCACCAUGGAUUUUCGCAACAAUAGUCGCUUUCCCAUGGGCUGUCAGUUCAGAUAGAUUCCAAGAACGUACUUUCCACAUUUUGGUUUCAAAUUUGGUAGCCAUUGUCGGUUACAUUAUUGCGAUUGCAACUCAAAACAAGGCAGCAAGAUAUUUCUCAUUAUUCUUGAUGACAUUGGGUUAUUGUGGUCUCAUUUGCGUCUAUGCUUUCACUUCCAGUUCGUUCAUUCGUCCAACAUCAAGACGUUCAGUUGCCAUUGCUUUCGUCAACGCUUUCUCAAACAUUGGUAACAUUGCCGGAAGUUAUAUCUGGGAUGCAGACAAAUUUGGACCUAGUGGAUACAGACAAUCAUAUGCAAUUUGCAUUGCUUGCACUGGAUUCUCAUGUUUCCUUAUUUUAGGAUUCAGAUAUAUUUUAGUUAACCUCAACAAGAAGAUUGAAAAAUUGGAAGAAGAAUAUCCGGGAAUGGAUCCAUGGGAUAUCCCAGAGAAGUGCGAUCGCAAGUUAGACAAUGCUCUGCUCGUCAAGCGUGGAUUUAGAUAUAUGCUUUAA